AUGAAAAUUUCCGGGCGUUCUAGUGUUAAUAUACGUGUUGAGAAUGGACGCAACGGACAAUAUCUCCAAACAAUUGUCGUUCAACCAAAAUCAGCUCAAAUACUUUUUGGUGAAACAGUUACAUUGGAAUGUACAGUUUUUAAUCAAUUUGGUAAUGUGGCAUGGUGUAAAGAUGGACAUUGCACAAUGGGACGCGAACGUCCACUUUAUUUUUUACCUCGAUAUGAAAUUGUUGGAGACAAAUCAGCAGGAAUAAAUAGUUUAAAAAUUCUAAAUGUGAGUUUGGAUGACGAUGGCAUUUAUCAGUGUCAAAUAGGACGAACGGUAGAAGCGCUUGAAGCCUUAUCGGAUUUUGCGAAUUUGACUGUGUUGGUACCACCAAAUAAAGUUGACCUUAAUUAUGUUUCACCAGCAGUUAUAUCCGAUAAAGAGUUUCAGAUGAACUGUAUCGCGUACAAUUCUCGACCAUCAACAACUUUCUUAUGGAAAUUUGACAGUGCACCCGUCGUGAAUGUAACGAUAACGAAAAGUGAAGAAGCAAUGCAAACAAAUUCAAAAUUAUUAAAAACUAUAUCAACAAUUACAAUUAAAGCCAAUAUUAAUCAACAUGGUAAAGAAAUUACAUGCGAAGUUACACAUCCCGCAUUGAACAUACCUAUAACUGCAUCAUCAACGAUUGCUGUCGAUUAUCAACCGGUUGUUAAAUUGAUAUUAUCACCAUCAAAGUUAAAAGAGAAUGAAAUCUAUUGGUUUGAAUGUAUGGCCGAGUCUCGUCCAGCAAUCACUCAACUAGUAUGGAAAGUAGGUGAUUCAAUAUUAGACCGAAUGUCGCCAACAGAAGACGGAAAAUAUCCACUAAAACUGAUUGCUACACGCGAAAUGCAUGAUAAAAAUUUGACUUGUAUUGCGUUGAACAGUGCCGGCGUAUCUCAAGCUACAAUAGCAUUGACAGUUUAUUAUUCUCCUAAAUUUCGUAGUGUACCACAACCAUAUACACUCAUCAAUAUUGGUGAUGCUCUAUCAUUGACAUGUGAUGUUGACGCUAAUCCACAUGCUGGCAUUCUAUGGUUUAAAGAUGGUACUAUUGUUGGCGGUGGUAAAUCAUAUCAAAUACCGGAUGUGACAGAGCAUGAUUUUGGUUUAUACGCUUGUGUAGCAUCGCUUGGUCAAUUCACAAAAAUAUUUGCAACAACCAAAGUCCUUGCACCCGGACCACCAAGAUUAUUUGAUAUGCCUUCAGUUCUAGCGUCGUUAAGAUCAAUGGCUGUCUUAAAAUGUCACGUCGAAAAAGAUACAGAACCAACGGAUGCUUAUUGGAUGUUUAACAAUGUCACUCUAUCAUCAAAUAUGAAAUAUGACACAGUAUCAUUGCGCGAUACAUCAGACAAUCGCUAUGAAACAAGUUUAAUGAUACGACAUAUAAAUAAACAAGAUCUUGGACAAUAUGAAUGUUAUGUAACCAAUCAAUAUGGAACAUCGUUCAAACGUGUUCGACUUCAAAAACGAGAUAGUUAUAUUUUUAUUCAGACUGGAAUUUAUGGCGCAAUUGUUAUGCUAUUAAGUGUACUGUUCUUUUUGCUUUAUCUCUAUUGCAAACAUGCUACAAAAUCAGAUCGAAAACGAGCUACAAUAAAACGUAUGCGUAAAGUUCAAACGUGGCUGAAAAGUAAACCCAGUAUGUGGAUUCAUAGUGCACCACACGAAAAAAUUCCACUAACGGUUUACGACGAGAAAUCAGGCGUUACGCGAACAACACUUGGUCCAGCUGUCGAUAUUGUGGAAUGCUAUGUAUCAUUAACUAAAAAUUUGAGAAACACUGCUUCAAAACCUCUACCGAUUGCGACAAUGCCAUUUUGUUACGAGGAUGAUAUAGAACAAAUCUACGAAACAGCUGAUGAAGAUCAAAGGGGUUGGCAAAUAGAUGUGUAA